GCUGAAGUGCCUGAAACUCCUAGGACUGUUUUUGCUGCUGAAGAAUUAAAAUCCCUCUCUGAAAACGAAGUUCUUUAUUUGAAGUUUAUUCAUUCCUAGAUUCACCAAAACCCCACGCCAAACCCCUUCACAUAACUUUUUUUUUUUCUUCUUUUCUUUCCUUCCCACUCUUUCUUUGGAGAUGGAUUUCCAAGUAGUGGUUUUAGCUGGUGGCACUUCAAAGAAUCUAACCCCCCUUGUCUCUAAGGAAGUGCCUAAACCGCUGCUUCCGGUAGCCAACCGCCCUGUUCUUUACUACGUUUUGCACCAAUUGGAACAAAGUAACCUUAAAGAUCUCAUUGUUGUGGUUGAAGGGAAAGAUGCAGCGCUUCUUGUUGGUGGUUGGAUAUCUGGGACUUUCGUUGAUCGUCUACAUGUUGAGAUUGCUGCAGUCCCUGAGGAUAUUGGAUCAGCUGGGGCAAUUAGGGCAAUCUCACACCACCUCACUGCAAAUGACAUUUUGGUUGUGAGUGGUGAUCUUGUUUCUGAUGUUCCUCCUGGUGCAGUUGCGGCCAACCAUAGGCGACAUGAUGCAGUAGUAACUGCAAUGCUUUGCUCUGUUCCUAUUAGUGGACCUUCAGAGUCGGGAUCCUCUGGUGGAAAAGACAAAACCAAGAAACCAGGAAGAUAUAACAUCAUUGGACUGGACCCUGGCAAACAGUUUUUAUUACAUAUAGCAACAGGAGCCGAAAUUGAGAAAGAUACUCGACUUCAGAAGCGCAUUCUCCGAGCAGUAGGCGAGAUGGAAAUUCGAUCUGAUCUGAUGGAUGCUCAUAUGUAUGCAUUCAAGAGGUCUGUCCUGCAAGAAGUUUUAGACCGAAAGGAUACAUUGCAAAGCUUGAAACAAGAUGUACUUCCUUAUCUUGUCCGGAGCCAGCUGAAAUCAGAGGCCUUAUUAAAUAGAAUUCCACGAGCAGAAGAAAAUGGUAAUGAGAAGGUUAGUUCCCAGAACAAUCAAGUAAUGGUCUCUCAAAUCCUCGCUAAUGCAUCUACCCCUAGCUUUCAUGAUCUCUGCUCCGUGAGUCAUGAUGGUUCUGCCCCUAUUCGGAAAACCCAUAAAUGCUGUGCUUAUAUUGCAAGCAGCAGCAGUUAUUGUGCGCGCUUAAAUUCCAUCCAAGCAUUCAUGGACAUCAAUCGAGAUGUCACUGGUGAGGCAGAUCAUCUGCUAAGCUCCAUCUCAGAUCAUAAUAAUAUUGUAGGUCCUUCAACGAAGCUUGGAACAAAAACUACUGUGGGACCACACUGUAUGCUGGGAGAAGGUUCAGAAAUGGGUGACAAAUGCCAAGUAAAACGAUCUGUAAUUGGCCGUCACUGCCGGAUAGGUUCCCAUGUGAAGGUUGUCAAUUCGGUUGUAAUGAAUCAUGUUACCAUUGGCGAUGGCUGCAUAAUACAAGGUUCCGUGAUUUGCAGCAAUGUACAGCUUCAAGAACGUGUUGUAUUGAAAGAUUGCCAAGUUGGAGCAGGUUUUGUAGUUACUGCCGGAAGUGAGUAUAAGGGAGAAUCUUUGGCUAGAAAAGAGAAAUGAGUGAGGCUAUAUCCCAAAAUUGGAAGAAAAAUGCCAAUCUCGACCCAUCUCAGUUUUGCCUUGCUUUUCAGACAUACUAUUUGGGAACUGCUGCUGCUAGGAAAACGUGAUUAUUGGCAAGUGAAUGGAAGGCAGAACCCAAUGAGUGAUUUCCUGCUUCCGUUUGAUUUUCUUCUGAAUAGUUGUGUUACUUGUACGUGAUGAGCUCAACCCUAUGUAUUUUUGAUCGACUAAAGGGGGAUAUAUAGUCUAGCCCAAUUUUGGCUUAUUUGUUCAAAUUUUACAAGUAUUAAGAAAAGGAAAGCCCUAAUCGUAUUCUCAUUCAAUGCCGUUUGGGGUACACAGUUUUCUUAUUAA